UGAUUCUUCUAUUCGUAUUAUCGCAAUCCAGGCAAUCCCGAUUUUUCUGUUAUUAUUUCGUUUACGGUGAAUCAGCAGAACGAUGAGAGCGGGUGUUGAUUCAGUGGAAGCGGUCAGUAACAAAGCUCGACCAUGGACCGAUGAUUUGAAGGUGUGCCCGUCUACCGCUGUCGGCGAAGCAAACAACCAAACCUACAGAGAGGAUGGUACCCGUAUUGAAACUUACAAAUCCAGGGAUAAGAAGUGCCUGUGUACUGUGGACGACACUUUGCUGUAUGCAAUCUACUCCGGUCACGACGGGGAACGGGUUGCGGAUUUCGCUUUGCAAAAAAUGGCUGCCGAUUUACUGUUGGGUCAGCUGAAUGGUCGCUCCACGGAUGAGGCGGUGAAGGACGUAAUCCGUCAGGCUUUCCACUCGGUCGAAAAGGGUUAUUUCGAUUCGAUUGAUGCGGAUGUGGCUACAAAAACGAAUUUACAACUACUGUUGGAUGAUAAGGAGCUAAGUCAGUAUCAGAUCUCGCAGAAAUAUGGAAAUGUGCUGGAGAAGCUGAGCAAGAUCGAUGUGGAGUUGUCGGUUGGAAGCAGUGCCGCCGUAGCUUUGAUCUACCAGUCCAAACUGUACAUUGGGAAUAUUGGAAAUUGUCGUGCCUUACUGUGUAAGACGGAUGAGUUUGAUACGCUGACCGUCACACAGCUGAGUGUCGAUCAUAAUCUUUGCAAUGAGGAGGAAGCGGUGCGUCUUUUUCGGCUAGGACUGGAGGAACGUAAUUUCGAGAAUCGUCCCAUGUACAGUACCAGAUGCAUUGGUAACUAUCUGGGAAAAACGGGUUACAAGGAUUGUGAUUUUUUGUCGGGAGCCUUAUCGGAACCGCUGAUAUUUCAACCGGAGAUAGUCGGUUCGAUUCCAGUCACAUUGGCUUGUAAGUUUCUGGUGCUGAUGUCUAGUGGAUUGUGUAGAGCCUUACAAGAUCUCUACCCACGGGAGACAAGCAAGGGGAAUCGAAUCCUUAUUCAAAUGAUUGCCGAAGAAUUUCAGAAUCAAUCGACCUUGGCCGGGGUAGCGCAAUCGGUGGUGCACCGCAUCGUUCAGUUGCAUCAUGAUGCGUUUAUGCAGCAUGUUGAAGAGGGAAAGACGGCACCAUUUUCAGACCGGGACGAUAUUACGUUGUUGAUUCGAAACUUCAACUAUCCGCUGCCGAAUGCGUUCAACAAUCGUAAGAAUAGUAGCCGCUCGUUCACGUCUACAACGUCCGCUUCGUCUACGGCCAGUUCCGACGCUACACCGACGAACCACAACUACGGCACCGAAAGGGACUGUUUCGGAAUGGGAACCAACAAUUCGGUUGCUAGCUCGGAGAGUAGAUGCGAAAGCGUAAACUUCCCGGACCCGGAAACGAAGGUCGAACCGUACGUAGAUUUUUCGGACUAUCAUCGGCGGGUAGCAGAGGCUCGCCAGCUUGGAAAGCUGCCAGCGAACAUAGAUUUUGACGAGCACGUAUGAAAUAAAACACAUAUAUUGCCUAUUUU